AUGUCUACAGGACAGGUUGAUGAAUUAUACGAUGUUCGAAAUGGUUUCUACUUAGGAGCUUAUUCUCAAUGUAUAAAAGAUGCUCAAAAACUACAGCUGUCAAAUCCACAAUUGGCCGUCCAGCGAGACUUCUUUGUUUACAGAGCUUACACAGCACAGCGGAAAUAUGCUGUUGUACUGGAUGAAGUCAAGCCCUCAUCACCUUUAGAAUUGCUAGGUGUGCGCUAUUUAGCUAUGUACCUAUCAGCAACUAGCGAAGCCGAAAGGACUAUCAAAGCUGUAGAAGAUAAAAUAAAGGAUGGUUUACAAGAAGGCAGUGACUCUUUCUUACUGAUGACAGCUACCAUGUACCUUCACAAACAUGAUUAUGAUAAUGCUUUAAGAUAUUUAAAUCAAGUCGAAUGCUUAGAAGGAUCUUCCUUAGCAAUCCAAGCGUAUCUAAAGAUAGAUAGAGUGGAUCUAGCCAAGAAAGAUUUAAAGAAGAUGCAGGAUGAAGAUGAGGAUGCCACUUUAACUCAACUCGCCCUUGCUUGGUUCAAUUUAGCUAUUGGCGGUGAUAAACUUCAAGAUGCCUUCUACAUCUUCCAAGAAAUGGCUGACAAACACGGAGCAACUGUUUCAUUAUUAAAUAGUCAAGCAUGUUGUCACAUCUUGCAAGGAAAAUAUGAUGAAGCUGAAACAUUGCUACAAGAAGCUUUUGAUAAGGAUAGUAAUGAUCCUGAGACAUUAGUAAACUUGGCAAUGAUUUCUCAGCAUCUAGAAAAAGCUCCGGAGAUAUUUAACCGGUAUUUGUCCCAAAUUAAAGACGCCCAUUCUGAUCAUGAAUUUGUUAAAGAUUUGGCAGCUAAGGAAAAAGAAUUUGAUAUUAUGCUCGAACAUACACGAUCAUCCUACACUAGGUGAAAUGUGUAUUGGUUGCAUUGAUUUAUUCUGAAUAUUAAGGAAAUGAUAAAUAAAAUAAAACAGUUAUCAA